GAUUCCCAUUAUCAUCCUAGGUUAUUAAAUCUCAAAACAUUAACUUCACGAAAUGUUUGGGCGAAGACAGCGAGAGAAACUUCCACUAAAACUGCUCCACCAUGAGCUAAUGUGACGUAAUACCUUAUAUAAUCAUUCUUCUCAAUAUUUACUAUUCAGAAGAAGCUCAUCGAGAUAUCUCUUCAUUCGGGUCACCACUAUCGUUGAGACAUCUAACAAGCAUCUCAAAUCGUCUACAAAAUGGCUUCAGCUAUUCCCCGAACCGUCCGGAGCAUCCGCGCCCUACCAAAGAGGGCCAAUUGGGCUCCCGCUGCUAUGCGGCCUCUCGCUCAACCCAUGGCACGUCGACUCCUCGCGACGACGACCCAAGAACAGCCUCGUCUGCGAUUGGGAUCAACAGCCCCCAACUUCAAGGCUCAGACUACCCACGGAGAGAUUGACUUUCACAAGUUCAUCGAUAACAGCUGGACCAUUCUGUUCUCUCAUCCUGCGGACUUCACCCCGGUCUGCACGACUGAGCUGGGAGCCUUUGCGAAGCUGAAACCGGAGUUCGAUAAGAGAGGUGUCAAGAUGAUUGGACUGAGCGCCAAUGAUCUCAGCUCCCACGACAAGUGGGUAGAGGACAUCAACGAAGUCUCAAACACAAACCUCCAGUUCCCCAUCAUCGCCGACGCAGACCGCAAAGUCGCCUUCCUCUACGACAUGAUCAACCAGGAAGACCUCGACAACAUCGCCGAAAAAGGCAUCGCUUUCACCAUUCGUUCAGUCUUUGUCAUCGACCCUUUAAAGAAGAUUCGCUUGACCAUGAUGUAUCCUGCUUCCACGGGUCGCAACUCAGCCGAGGUUCUGCGUGUUAUUGAUUCUCUUCAGACUGGUGAUAAGAAGGGUGUUGUUACACCGAUUGAUUGGCAAGUUGGCGAGGAUGUUAUUGUCCCACCUUCUGUGACGACGGAGGAUGCGAAGAAGAAGUUUGGUGAUGUUAGGGAGGUCAAGCCUUACUUGAGAUUCACCAAGGCUUAGAUGACUCGUAGCACAGUAGGGUGUUCAUAAUUAAUGAAGAGAGUUAUAUAAUUAUGAAACGAACGGCA